AACUGGUUAAUGAUGCAUUUAACAAGGCCAAAGUCCUCCAAGGGGCGUAGCAGACCCGCUGUAAACAGCUCUCCAUGCACAGGUGACAGCAUCCAGAGGCCACCUGCGUCUCCAGACUCUCCAGGGCACAGCGGGCCGGACGGACACCUCCGCUCCCAGUCCCAGCCCAUAAUGUGGCCGGCCGGCCAGCUGAGCCAGGAUGAAGUUCUGCAGAUGCUGCAAGACGCCCCUGCUGCUCCUCCACAGUCCCUAAACAAGUACAAGGUUCUUCCCUCCAUAGAGAGGAGGCAGUCAGAUGUGAGUCCUGGGAGGAGCCUGGACAAACAGACGUCCAAGCUCAGCCUGGCUGAUGAUGCUAUCCUGCAGCAAAGGCACGGGCAUGAGGAGCCAGAUCUCAAAACAGUGACCCAGAUUAGCAGCUCUGAGGUGGACAAAAGGCCUGAUGUGCACUUCAGGGUCUGGCCUAAGCCCCCUGACCCAGGACCAGUAAUGACCAAAGAAGGAGGAGCCACUGGCAGUUUGCUCCUUGCAAUCCGAGCGCCAUGUGGCAGGAGGUUUCAGCAGCACUUCGACCCCACAGACAGUCUGCUGAGGGUGAGAGCCAGUGCAGAGGUCAGGUAUGGAGCCAAUUAUGGAGACGCCUCCAUCGAGACCAUGGAUGUGCCACGCAGGACCUUCGCAGACAUGGAUAUGACCUUGGCCCAGUGUGGCAUCUUGAACAGAUCAGUGCUGUGCAUCUCUCAGAAUGACAGUGUGGUGGAGUGA